GAGUUUCUAUUGGAGAUCUUGUUAUAGCGUUAUGCACACAUUAAUGUUUCGUAUGUCGAUUCGAUUUAACUGGUAGAGUCGUAGAGAGGACUUAUUUGUUGACUUUUUGAUAUUUCCAAGCAGAUCUUUUCAUUUUUCAUUGGACUUUGGACAUUAAGCUAUGCAAACUGAUUAUUGCAAGGAGAAAGAAGGGUUUUUGUCGCCUCCACAUAAUUAUUGGUGGAAUGCUUUUGGAUCUCCACCGUUGACUGCGGAGAGCCACGCCGGAGACGCUUCUGACUCAUUCUCCGGAGUUAAAGUAGCUACUCCGGAGACAGAGCAAGGUGUCGAUAAACAAAGAUCUGCAACUCUCUUCACUUCCUCACCUGGUGGUGGAAAUAGGUCAAGAGAUGUGUCAAAGCCUCAAGUUGCUUUCACGAUGCAAACGGCCAGUUUCGAGUUUGGAUUUGCUCAGCCAAAGAUCUACACAAAGCAUCCUCAUGUGGAACAAUACUAUGGAGUUGUUUCAGCCUAUGGAUCUCAGAUGUUGCCUGGCCGUGUAAUGCUGCCUCUGAAGAUGGAGACUGAAGAAGAUGGUACGAUCUAUGUGAACUCAAAACAGUACCAUGGAAUCAUCAGGCGACGCCAGUCUCGUGCUAAGGCUGUUCUGAAGAAUGAAAUGAGCAGAUGCCGUAAGCCAUAUAUGCAUCACUCGCGCCAUCUCCAUGCUAUGCGCCGUCCUAGAGGAUCCGGAGGGCGUUUCUUGAACACCAAGAAAGAUGAUGCGGCUAAGAAGACUAAGCCGAGCUAUUCUCAGAAUUCUGAAACUCUUCAUCCGGAAAACGGGACCAUGAACUCAUCUAGAGAAGCCAACGGACCAAAUUUCUCGGGAUCAGAAGUUACAAGUAUGGAUUACUUUCUAAGUUCGUCGGUCCAUUCUCUUGGUGGCAUGGUCAUGCCUAACAAGUGGAUUGCAGCAGCAAUGGAUAUUGGCUGCUGCAAUCUCAAAACCUGAUCAGCAAACGGGGACAAGACAGGUUUUGGUGAACUGGUCUUCUGUCUUGUCCCUUAUGUUUCAGCCAAACGAAGAGAUGGUUCUUGUCCCAAAAAGGGACAUUGAGUUUUCUUGGUUUAAAGGAUUGCUUCUAAUACCAUCCGUUUGGCUGCAAACAGGCAACUCAUCUUUGGCUCAUCCUUCACCAAGGUUUUUUCUUCCUCUGUUUUCUUCUACGCAUCUUCAUAAGAAUUGAAUUGCGGAAAAGGACUGGUUACUAAAUCCUGAUUUAGCUUCAACUAAAAGUAAAACUAGUUAAGAACAUUGAUGGGUACUGCCCUCUUGUUCUAUCUAGUGUGUGGAAAAAACUCUGUUUGCCUGAUUUUCUGAUAUUGUAUUGUGUGUUUAUGCGUUUUUGAAAUGACUGUACGAGUUUCAAGUUAAUGUAUGUUUCA